AGUUUCAGAAAUGUAUAUGAGAUAUAUAUGAGAACAGAUGAAUAAAAGAAUAAGUUAAGAUGAUUUAGAGUAUGCAGGAAAGGACGAAAAUAAAUUCAAAGAACUGCAGAAAGAAGGGGAAGGGAGACGACCUCGGAUAUGUUAAAAUUAUGGUUGAAUAAUUGUUGUAAUGUAUAUAAAUGAACUAUCUAUCUAAUUUAUAUACAUUACAACAAACAUACACACAUAUGCAUGCUGUGGCCAGCUUCCUGCAAUAAUGUGCUCCCUUCAAAACAAAUUCACUUCAUGCUGAUAGUUGUAACUCCUUUAAGCCACUACAUUUAGGAGAUGUGUGUUCAGUUGACUAUUCUUAUCUUGUAUCCUAGGCUCUUCUCUACUGGUCAUUGACCGAAAUAAAUAUACUACUGUGCUGUUAUCAUCAGCUGUGCAUUCACAAGCCCAAAAUGAGAUCCAACCAGACAAGAAACCAUUCUGUGACAUCACUUGAGUGGGCGGAGUCUUUCCCCUGGGCUUCCCUGGCCAGGCGCUCUCUGCACUUUUCAAAGCAGCGGGCUGGGCAGUGACCGCAGCUGCUAAUCUAUUUGUUGUGCUUCUUCAGCGGAGUCCUGAAACCAGAGGAGCCCAGAACUGCCUCCUUCUCAGCUGCUGCCUGCCAAACUUGCAAAGAAGCAGAUGCGCCAUCAAAGCAGGGGACGAGAACAUAAAAUCCAACAUCACCACCCAGACUCUGCCUGUCCCUGCAGCCACUUAUCCACCAGGCAACAAGGCUCCACAAUAUCAGAACAUGGCUCUCCCCUCUCAAACGUGGCCAAUGAACAUGAGCUCCUCGAAUCGCACCGAGACCUUGGCACUACUUACUCAACCCUCUUCCUCCAAUGAGAGCCCUCUUUACAGUGAAUACCAGCCAGCUGCCUAUGACCUUGUUCCAUUGCCCAAAGCUGUGCUCUACAUGAUCAUGGCCGUGAUGGUGGUGGUGAGUGUGGCCUAUGCCAUUGUCGGCCACCUGAUCAAAGACCUGGCACAUGAUCUGGCAGAUUGCUUGCUGGGGCCAGCGCCUGAGGAGCCUGACGAGGAGGAGCCAGAGCCCCCACCUCUUACAGGUUUCCAGCCCUCCCUCUUGGCCAAGGCCCGCACUUGCAGCUGCUCAACACACCACCACCAAGAGGAGGUUCAUAUAACAUUAGAGGUGACAUAGUGACCGUGGAAGAGCAGGCAGCACAGCCUUGCGGAAAAGGAGAGCAGAGUUCUUGGCUUCCUGAAUUGAAUGGGAGAAAAUGGGCAUGGCAGACCAGCAAAAAGAGCCCAGACGACCACGUAAAGAAGCACUGGCUUGUUCUGAAGCAGUCGUCCCGCCUUCUCAAGGCAACAGCUGUCUUGCUCAACUUCUGGGACUCUGCUUCUCUGGCGCCAUGAAUUCAACUUCCAUGAUUAUCAUUAUUUUUAGUUUUAUAGCCAGUGGCCUCUCCUCCUUUUUCUUCCUAAGAAAACUGAACUGGAGAAUCACUGGAAACUCACCGAACCAGCUUCAUGAACCAGACUACUGCUCUGGGCCUAAGAGGCUUUUGUCUAGACUGCAAGAGGAAGGGCUGGGCUCCAAAAUGGUACCUGCAGGCAGAACCUAGGAAACAAGGAUCUGGAACCACUUGGUUGUUGAACACUGCUUCAGCUUUGUGAUAUUUUACUCCAUGAGGUGGAACAUCCAGAGUCUGGGGAGGGCAAGAGCUACGCACACAGCUCUGGCAUUUCAAAAGGGCUUUUUUGUACAAUAAAGUAAUUAAACCUGUACGCCUUGUGGGCUCUUGUCUCCAAUUGCUGAAUGCUGCCAUUAUGACAAGAAGUUAAUAUGACAGAGGUAGUGACUAUCCUUCCUCAUUUGGCACUUGGCCUGGUCAUGGUCUCAGCUCCUUUUUGAGAGCUUGAAUAUGAACAAAGUUUUAGCAGAACUCCCCAAGCUGUAGAACAUGGACUUUCCUUCUUUGCAAAUCUUCCCCUUAGUAGCUGUAGCCCAGAUUCUGCUUUACAGUUUCCCCCCCUCAAACUGUGUGUGCUUUAUCUGACACCUGCUUGUAGAGACAGCUGUAAAUCAGGAUAUCGAAAUGUGUAUAUACCAAGUCCUUUCCAAACAUUUGCCUCCUGCCAGGCUUCCCAAAAUACAGCUUUUGGUAGGAAAAGGGUCAACGUAAAACCAACCCAUUGUCCUCUCAUGUUCUAAUGCUUAACAACAUUUUAAGAUCAACAGCAGCCCUGCUUGUGGGUUCUUUUGAAGAGGGCAUGAGACACAGAAGGAUUGGGGAUGAAGAUGAGACAAUAAAAUGAUUAUAAUGGAAGAGAAGAGGAAAGGUUGACAUGGAGGCAAAUAGAGGAAAGAAUUCAAGGCACAGAAAUUUU